AUGGCUCGCCAACUCCUCAUCACCGCGCUCCUCUUCACAGCCAUUCUGGCCAGCCCUUCCCUUCCACGCCAGACAGAUCUACCUCAAAUACUGGAGGCAGCAGAUAUCUCAUCACCAUCAAACAUCGCUGUGAAUCAAACUCUCAAGCUCCGCUCGAAUUAUGGCUGGUCCCCCGCCGUCCUCCUUCAAGACAGCACAGGCAUCUGCCCCCUUUACGCAUACAUAAACUGCCAAUCAAUCUCAGGACCGAACUACUGCUGCGGCCCUCACACGUAUUGCGCAUAUGGAGGUCCGGAGAAUCACAUCGGCUGUUGCGCCGACAACGCGUUAUGCGAUGGAGAACCUCAACAACCAUAUACAACGGUCUAUGUACCCAGUGCUACGGCAUCGACUUGGUGGACUCACUCGGGAACCACAGUGACAGGGUUGAUAGGUCCAGCAUAUACGGUAACGACUACCACGACGGCAACACAAUAUGUGACUGGACCUGGGCCUACGAUUUGCAGUACGUUGUACGCGAAGGGAGACAAUUUGCCUACGACGGCGGCUGCGCAGUGUGGGCUUGUGCUUGUGUUGAAUGCUGCGCCAGGCAGAGGUGUCGAUGCAAUGGGUCUUGCUGCUGGACUUGCUGUGUUGAAUGGGUUUGCGGCGGUUGUAGGAUGGAUGGGAUUGUUGUGA